AUGCUGAUACGCCCCGUCUAUCAGCUCGUCCAUGAGCCCGUCGCCAAUGCUCUUUGCGAUAUGAGCAAGGCCGACGGGGCUGCCUGCGUGUUCCUCUUCGAACAAUACGGGCCAGAUCCUGAGAUUCCCAUGGUGGUAGGCCGACGUCAAUCUUCUCUAGCAGAUGUCGCUCAAAAAGCUGAGGGUGAUAAUAAGUACUAA